AUGUUUGAGGACUUCUCUUUCUCAUCCCCCUCGUCCACCAAGCCGCCCCGCCUGGCCUUUGAUGGCGACGACAAUCUCAUGGUCGACUGCGACAGCAGCCUGAUCUCUCCUCUAUCCUCACGGUGUCCUUCGCCUCGGUCUACCGCGACACACCGGAUUCCGAGAGCGUUACCUCGCUCGCGGUCCUCCUACUUCCGUUCCGCUCAACCCCCCACCUCCGUUCCCUUGUCUGCGUAUGACGACCACCAGAAGCGUCUCUCGAUCAGUAUCUUGACAAGAAAACUGCAUGAACACACCAUCAAGACCUCAAACAAUGAGACGCAGAUCGGGAGACCCGCCACGCCGACGUCACCCCAGUCCCUCGACAUGGCCACCCGGUUCCCGGGAUAUUUUCUGACCCCUCCAGACACAGACCACGAUGAUGAGGGUUCCCUGGACUCUCCGUCGCUCACCUCUGGUUCUCUCUCGCCCCAGCCUCAAUCCCCUUUUCUGAGUCCCACAUCCGUCCCGUGUGAUCUCUUCCCGCAAACCGCGGACAUGGACCCUCUAUCCCACACUCAGGAUAGCUGGAACGUCCGCGCCCAGCGCCAGAACAUCUCCCGUCUCCAAUGCAACCACUCAGAGUUAGAAGCCAUUCGCCGGGCCCUCGUCUCCGAUGACGAGAAGCUGACCACCACCUUCGACCCAGACGCCUGCCACCCCAGCUCCAUCCCCCCGCAAAAGUCCCCGCGUCGAGAGCGGCCACUCUCCAACGGAGCCGGUUCCGCCCCCAAUUAG